AUGUCUGAAGAUGAUCCAAAUCAUGGAAUUAUAGGAUGUUUACCCAAUGUUGUCGACCCAAUUCACGUGGAAGAACUUCGAUCGCUGGUGAAAAAUGUUCGAGAAAUAUACAGUUCGACUCCAAGUGAAACUAUCAUUGAAAUAUCUUUCUUGAGAUAUUCUCGUUUGCUUCAUUUAUACCAGGAGCAACCAAAUCUUCUCGAUUCACUUAUUCCAGAAUUAAUUGAUAUUUUAGUGAAUAAUGUUGAACUAAUUGAAAAUUUAUCAGAUGUUUCAAGAGCUUCUUUAAAAUACAUAUCGGAAUUAUGUAUUGUUCGAGGAAGAAAAACAAUUGUUCGAUUACUUCCUCACCAAGUUACACUUCUUGAGCCGCUUUUACGAACACUGGAAUUUUAUGAAAAAUCUAAAAUAUCUGAUCAUUCGCAAAGAAAUGUGUUAUUGUUAUGGUUAUGGAUUGUAGUUCGAAACCCAUUUGAUUUGAGAAGGUAAAUUAUCGAUUUAUCAGACACAAGAAUAGUUACCAUAUAUUUCAGAUUUGAUCCAACUGGCGAUCCAAAUAAUGUUAUAACUCGAAUUAUGAAUAUUGCACUUGGAUAUAUGAAAUGGGAUUGGAAUACAAGUCAAUAUUCAGCAUCUCUUGUUAUUUCACAAUGUCUUUCAAGAACUGAUGGAAUUCCAAAAAUAUCACAAUUUUUGGACAAUCUUCUUGAUUCUAUUAUAUUACACGAAUCUGAUAGAAAACUAUUAUUAGCUGAUCUUCUUAUAUUGCUUGCAAUUCUAAAACACGUUGAUCGAUCAAAUCUUGUUCCACAUCUUGAAAAAAUUUAUAAUAAGAUCGAUUUUCUAUAUCCAAUUGAUGAAAAAAGAGGAAGUUUGAUUGGAAAAUGUUUAGUGAAAGUUGUGCAGAGAAUUGGUUUAAUUGCUUUGAAACCAAGAAAUUGUAAAUGGAGUUAUCAAAGAGGAAAACGAUUAUUAGAUAAUAUGUUAAAUGAUCAUCAAAUGGAUAUUCCAACAACUUCGAAUGAUGAAAAUAUGACAGAAUGGAAUGAUGAAGAUGGUUUAGAAUAUCCUGGAAUUGUUAGUUUUUCUUUGUUUUUAGAGAACGUUUUUUGAUUUUAAUAACAAAUAUUUUGCAGAUUGAAUGGUCUUUAUUCCAUAUUUUAACAUCAUUGUCUAAUUCUGAAACAUCAGUUCGAUGGUCGGCAGCAAAAGGAAUUGGAAGAAUAACAAUGAGAUUACCAAAUGCUGAUUUUGCAUUGCAAGUAAUUCAACAAAUAAUUGAUGGACAUUUUGGAGAAACUGGACAAUAUUCAUCUUGGCAUAGUCAUGGAGCAUGUUUAGCAAUUGCUGAAUUAGCUCGACGUGGUGUAUUACUUCCAUCUUUAUUAGAAACUGUUAUUCCUGCUAUUGAAAAUGCAUUAGUAUUUGAAGAUUUAAUGGGAGUUCAUCAAAAUGGGAAUCAAGUUCGAGAUGCUGCUUGUUAUGUUAUUUGGGCAUUUGCAAGAACUUAUGAUCCAACUAUUAUGGCGAAAUAUCUCAAUAAUUUAGCUAGCUCAUUGGUAAUUUUCUUUUGAAAAUUGUAUUUUUAAUAAUAAUUUUAGAUGUGUUGUGCACUUUUUGAUCGAGAAGUCAAUUUGAGACGAGCUGCUUCAGCUGCAUUUCAAGAACUUGCUGGAAGACAAAAAAAUGUGCCAAAUGGUAUUACACUUUUAACAUUGGUCGACUAUUUUGCUGUAACAAAUCGACAGAAAUGCUAUGAAGAAAUUUGUGUAAAUGUUGCACAAUUUGAAACAUAUUCGCAAUCAAUUUUGGAUCAUCUUAUUAAUAAAAAAGUUAGUUUUCUGAUGGGUGAUGCGGGUAGAAAAAUAGGAAAAAGCAAAACGUUUAUUUCGCACUGAAAUAUCCGAUUCAGAAAAUUUCAAAAAAAUGUUUUACUCAUUUUUUAAGGUUAUUCAUUGGGAUGAGAAAAUUCGAGAACAAGCUGGACAAGCAUUGGAAAAUAUUUGUAAAGUUCACAAUUUUGACAAGUUUUGCUUGGACAUACUUGAUGUUUUUGUUGAAAAAUGUGUUGAGAAUUCAACAUCUCCGGUAAGAAAAUUUUCAUUUUCUUGUUCCAAAUUUUUUCAUAAUUUAAAUUUUAGAUUCAUCGACAUGGUUUUCUAAUUGCAACUGGUCAUAUUGUUAAAGCACUUUCUUUUCGAAAAACAUCGAUUCCUGAAAAUAUUCAACAAAAACUUGCAGAAAUUCCAAUAAUUUUAAAAUCACAUACAGAUCGACUUUCUCAAGUUGGUUCAAUUAUUCGAAAAUCAGUUUGUCGAUUUAUUAAAUUAGUUAGUGAAGCGAAUUUGAAAUUAUCAACAAAUGAAAUGUGGAUCGAAAGAAUUUUGAUGUUUUUGAGAGAUACAAAUGAACAAAUUCGAGAAUUGGCAAAAAAUGCAGCAAAAGUAUAUGUUGAAUAUCAUUUAUUAGAUAAUCAACAAAAAAUUAAUUCAAUUCUCAAUUUAUGUUUGACAACGGUUAGUUAAAUAUUAUAUCUAUUAUCUAUUCAUACUUAAAUUAACCACGUUUUGCAGUUAUCUUCUGGACACGAUGAAAAUGAACGAAUUGGAAUGUGUAUGAUUUCUGAAAUUCUUCCACUUAAUAACGAUGUUUUCGAUGCAAUUUGUAAUACAAUUUUGAAACCGAAAGCAACUGAUUUGAAAUGGGCAACUGCUCGAAAACACGCAAUUCUUGCAAUUUGCUCAUUUUCGAUAUCAUGUUCUGCUGAAAAAUUUGAAGAAAUAUCUGGAAAGCUAUUUGAUACUCUUUAUAAAGCAAUGAAUGAUUAUACAACAAGUGCAAAAGGAGAUAUUGGAAGAUAUGUAAGUAUUUAGAAACAUAUUCUAUUUAAAAAAUGAUUUUGUUUAGGUUCGAGAAUCAAGUAUGUUAGCUCAAUAUCAAAUAUUAAUAAAUGCAAAUUGUUGUGAUGAAAUACUUGAUGAACAUGUUAUUCAAUGUAUUCGAAAUAUGAUUCAACAAAGUGCUGAAAGAAUUGGAAGAACUCGAGAAACAUCUUGUUUUUGUAUUAAACAAUUGAUUGAAUCUGAAAAAUGUGGAAGAAGAAUUGCGAAUGUUGAAAUACUUCGAAAUAUUUAUCAAGAACCGCAUGAUUUUAUACAAGACAGCAAACUUUUUGAUUUGAAGCCGAUUUUGGAAAAAUGUCCAGAAUAUUAUGAAAAUAUUUUAUUAGGAAUUGUUGUAUCUGGUGGAGGAUUGAGUGAAGGAACUGAAAAAACUGCCAGAAAAUUAUUAUUGGAACAUCAAAGAAGUAUUUGUAAUGAUAAAAUGGUUAGUCAAAAAAAGGAAAGGGGAUGUUUUUGGAAUUUGCUGAAUUCAGAAAUUUAUGAAAAAAAAAAGUUUGAAAAUUUCAGAUUUUUAAUGAAAAUAAAUUGAUCCAUAUUUAAUGUUUUUCAGAAAUUCGAUCGAUUUUUGGAAACUUGUUGCCGAUUAUUCCGAAAAUCACAAAAAGGAAUUCGAAUAACAAACAGUUUUAUGCAAGUUUUACCACAAAUAUUUGGAAAUCUUGGAGAAGUUUAUGAAGAAAUUCCCGAAAAAUCUGAAGCUAUUGUGGAAAUUGUUGAAAUCAUGAGAACUGUAAGUUUUUUUCGGAUUUUGAAAAUUUUAUUUAAAAAAAAUUGUAUUUUUAGGUUUCUGAAAAUAGUCCGCAGGUUUCACGUCAACGUUUACUUAUUGAUUGCCUUGCUGAACUUUUGAAUUGUGGAAAAAAUAGUCAAAUCUAUCGAAAAGCCAGAAAAAUAGUUGGUUUUUUUUUUUAAAUUUUCAACCUCUCAUACAAGUAAUUUUCAGAUUCUGGAAUCACUUGUUAAUUUAAAACCGGUUUUACGAAAACUUGCUGCCGAAAAAUUAUAUGAGCAUUUGUGUUGUGCGGAAGAAGUUGAUGAAUUGGUUCUUGAAUUGCUUUCGACUACAAAUUGGCAGGAUGAAUGUUGUGAAAUUGAAGAUCUUGAAAAAACGGCUGAAAAAAUUGCGAAAAAUUUGGCAUGA